UUACGUUCAUUUGGUGGCAGGACCUUCAUUCGUUGUGUUUUAUUAUUCGCCUUCUUACUCUCUUUUUAUUCGAUUCGUGGGCACUUGUGUUAAAUAUGUACUUUAAGACCUUCUUUCUCUUGGCUGCAGCUCGUGUUGUUCUUGCGAAGGUUCAGUUUCUGGGAGUUGCUAUAGCGGGUGGUGAUUUUGGAUGCCAGAUAGAUGGUUCAUGCCCGCUGAGCUCCACACAACUUCCAAACAACGACGAUGGAGUUGCGCAAAUGCAACACUUCGUCAAGGACGACGGCGUCAACAUAUUAAGACUACCAAUAUCAUGGCAAUUCCUCGCCAACAAUCAAUUGGGAGGAAACCUUGACAGCACGAACUUAGCGAAAUACGAUCAAUUGGUGCAAGCCUGUCUCGCCACCGGGGCCCAUUGCAUGUUAGAUAUCCAUAACUUCGCACACUGGAAUGGGGGGAUUAUCGGACAGGGAGGGCCGACAGACGACCAGUUCGUAAGCCUGUGGUCGCAGCUCGCCACGAAAUACGCCGGCAGCCAGAACAUCGUCUUCGAGCUUAUGAACGAGCCACACGAUCUUGAUAUCGACACUUGGGUGAACACAUGUCAGAAGGCGGUUACAGCGAUUAGGCAGGCGGGCGCGACAUCUCAGAUGAUCUUACUACCGGGCACGAAUUUCGAUUCUGCGGCGACACUGACGACGGUCGGAGGUGCAUCGCAACUUUUGGGGAUUAAGAAUCCGGAUGGGACAACGGAUAAUUUGAUCUUGGAUAUUCAUAAAUAUCUCGACAUUGAUAAUUCGGGGACGCAUUCGCUGUGCACGACGGAUAACACGGAUGCUUUUACGUCCGUCGCCCAGUUCCUGAGGACGAAUGGGCGGAAGGGGUUUGUUAGUGAGACGGGGGCAUCGGAGGAUGCUUCUUGCUUGACUGCAUUCUGUGCCCAAAAUACUCUGAUCAACCAAAACUCGGACGUCUUCAUAGGCUUGGUUGGGUGGGCCGCCGGCAGCUUCGAUACUUCGUACCUCCUAAGUCUAACACCUUCGAAGCAGAAUGGAGGCUUGGUCGAUAACCAGCAAAUGAGUCAAUGUCUGCUCGGAACAUGGGUCGACUCUAACACCACAGUCCCAAGGGCCUCAGAACCAUCAUCUUCUCUUCCUUCAGCUAUCACUUCUAGCGCCCCUCUUACAGCAUCUGCAUCGGCAUCCUCAACUCAAUCUGGGAAAUCUAGUGAGCCGGUUAUCACAGUCGAGAUUAACUCUGCCACGAGUGUACUCCGGACAGCAUCGAUACCCUCUAGCGUGACGACUUUGAUAAUCGCCUCCGGAUCCCCGAGCGAUGAGUCGUACAGCCUAGCCUGGGCAAAAACGACGACUACCUCGCAGACUCCGACCCAGACGCAUGCGGCGGCAAGUGUGACAGCAACGGGGAGUGCUUCUUCGACAAAACCCAUCACUUUCAUCUGGAGCCUUAUGAUGUUGCCAUUUCUUAUAUGAGUUUGAUAUGAAAUAUGUCAUCUCUACAACGAGUUAGCUGAUAUACGAUUUUGUACGGAGGAAUGAACUGUUCGCUUUGCUCUUUACUCCAAAGGUUGUCUAUGUUCGGAUUAGACGAUUGGAUGUUGUAUUUUUAGGCCUCAAAUUAGUAUGUAAAUAUUGUAU